AUGACAAUACCAUUAACAACAACCACAAUUGUGAAUCCAACAUUUUUACUAUGGAUAAUUGUAAUAUUAGUUCCUGUCACAUUAAUCACUACAUAUACUAUGACUGAUGAAUUACAUCCAGAUUCUCAAAUAAUUCCUUUUAUUUCUUCUUCAAUUAAUAAUGCACCAGAUAAUAUUAUUAACUAUCAAGGUGAAAUUAAUCAAGAGAGUAAAAUGAAAUUUAAUAAAUUCAUAGCGUCAAUGGGUAUUAUUAGUGGUUUCUCACUUAAUGGUGUUGCAUCUUUUCAAUAUAAAAAUGCGAGUGUUCCACAUUUAAUUUUCGCUGCUCUUUUCUUUAUUUGUGGAUUUAUUUUUAUUUUAACUCAAACUAUAAUUGAUGACCAAAUUAGUAAUAAUUCAAAUAGAAUUAAAAAUAUUAGAAAAGUUUUAAUUUUUAUUUGUUGUUUAUUCAUACCUUAUGUAAUUUUACAAUUUAUUCAAAAUCCAAUUGCAAAAAAUAUCUCGGCAAUAUUUGAAAUUUCAUCGGCCAGUUGUAUAUUCAUUUAUAUGGUUUCUUUCUUUUUUGAAUUUUCAAAGGUUAAUUUGAAUAUAGAAUUUUCUAAUCACAACUAUGGAAAAAUAUAG